AUGGGAAGCGGGAGAUACAAGAGAGCGAGCGAGAGAGUUUUCCUUGUCGCAGCGCUGAUCGCCUGUGCUUAUGCUACCGAGCAGCAGGCGGAUCCGAUCGCACGGCCAGGCGAAAUAACUCAAACGGGCGAAGUAGCAGCGAACCCGAUCAAGCGAUCGAGGACCGCCAAGCUUGUGCGCAACUUCCCUCAGCUUGCACAACGCAUGCAGACGCUCGAACCGAGCCCGAUGUACAACUUCAUCGACCCUUAUGGUCCCGGUACGUACGCAUUCGGAUACGAAGUGGAAGACCCCGAUAGCGGAAAUAUACAGUUCCGGGACGAGGAGAAGCUGCGCAACGGUACGGUACGGGGAUCGUACGGUUACCAGCAACCGGACGGCUCAGUAAUCAUCACAAGCUUUCUGGCCGACGAUCGUGGCUAUCGGGCAAAAACGGAGAUCCGUCGAGCCGAUGGACACACCGUGGCUUCCUUCCCAACGAGGGCUCCAAGUGCCCAAGAUCGUUACUUUCCGGCCUACGAUCAGCAGGCGAGCACGAUGAAUCCAGCCAUUGUGGCAGCUCUUCAGCAGCAACAGCUCAUCAACCUGAAUCCGACGUACAAUCCGAUUCUGGAUCCAGGAGUUAUCGAUCCUCAGUACGCUGCGGCGAUCGUGGGCCACCUGCAUAAUCAACAGUACAGCCCGGCUCAAGGUCUGGUAACGUAUCCUUACGGUCUACCAUCACCCCAGCACUCACCACCAGUACCAUCCGGUCCUCAUGGUCUUCCGCACCACCCUGGCACGGCACCACCACAACAACCCCUGUUCGAUGCACCUGCCGGUGGUGGUUUUGGCAACUUCUUUAACCAACUUCCGGCCAACCUUAAUCCUUACAAUGUGUACCAAAACCUUCAGUCAACCUUCCCCCAGAUACUACCUCAGCAGAAUCCGAUUGAUCAGUUCGGAAACUCGCUGGCCAGCGGGUACCAGCAGCUCACCCAACCGAACGCACCGUUUGGUAGCUUUCUGAACAACGCCCAAAGCACCUUCCAGGGAUUACUACCGGGAAAUGGGAAUCGUCCAUCUAAUUCGUGGUUCGAUCCGAACCGAGUACCAACCACGUACGCUGCAAUUCCGCAGCAGUAUGGUCAGCAGCAGCUUUACGGACAGAACGGGCAUCAGCAGCAAUAUGGACAGCAGCAGAUUCUUUCAUCGAACAAACCAACCAAUGUACUAGGCGAUAUGCCGAUCGGAGGAUCGAUGAUGAUGCACAUCCCGACCACUCGACGCCGUAAGCUAACGGGGACGACGAAGAAGCGCAACAAGUUUAAGACACGCGAUGGUAUGGAUUGGUUUGAUGAUUUCCUGGAGAACCGCAAACGACAGGUCAUGUAUGGAAGUGCGGCCACCACACCACCGACGAUGACCGACACCGAUGAUAGCUCACUGACGGAACCUCCGAAGCCGAAGGACGAAAAGGAUGAACAGUAA